AUGAACAGAUUAUUAAUGAAUCAUUGUCGCUGCGUGAAAAAAUCUACUCUACUAUGGGAGGCCAGACAAUAUCAAAAUAUUCCAUAUAUAACUCUUUCAAGGUCAUUGUGCUAUUACACAACUCAGCCCUUAAGACUACAGCAUGAUGUCACUCAAAAACCAUUGAAUUCCACAAUUUAUUCACCAUUUUAUUUACGACAUCUAUCUACAAGCAAUUACUACUUCGAAAAAGAACCUUUAAAACCCUCAUCUAAAGUUGAGACUACAGUGGUAACAAUAAAAAAGGGCAUUGAGGAAAAGGAAAAGUUGCCAAAGAAGCAGGAACCAAAAAAGAGUUUAAAAGAAAGGUUUAUGGCUGAAUUGAGACACUACUAUCAUGGUUUUAGGUUAUUAUUUAUUGAGGUGCGAAUUUCAGCAAGUCUACUUUUUAAAAUUCUUAGAGGUAAAUCCUUAACUAGAAGAGAACACAGGCUGCUUGUUACAACUAUUGGAGAUCUAUUUAGAAUGGUGCCAUUCAUAGUUUUUAUUGCAGUGCCAUUUCUUGAAUUUGCACUACCCCUCUUUAUUAAACUAUUCCCAAACAUGUUGCCAUCAACAUUUGAAAGCACUAGCCAAAAGGAAGCUAAAUUAAAACAGCAUUUAAAAGUGAAACUGGAGAUGGCUAAAUUCUUCCAAGAAACAUUAGAUCAAAUGGCACCACAAGCAGGUAAUAGACACUCUGAGUUAGCCAAAGAGUUCUCAACAUUCUUUACCAAAAUAAGAACUUCAGGAGAUGUAGCUACAAGUGAAGAAAUUAUGAAGUUUUCAAAACUAUUUGAGGAUGAAAUAACUUUGGAUUCAUUGCAGCGGCCACACCUUGUUGCCCUGUGUAAAGUUUUGAAUGUGUCAACAAUUGGCACAAGUGCAAUGUUACGGUUCAAUUUGAGAAUGAAGUUGCGAUCCCUGUCUGCAGAUGAUAAAAUGAUAGCGAAAGAAGGUGUUGAUAGUUUGAAUUUCAGUGAAUUGCAACAAGCUUGUAGAGCUAGAGGUAUGCGCGCGUACGGAGUAUCGGAGGAGCGCUUACGGAAGGAAUUAAAAAACUGGUUGGAUUUAUCCUUGAAUGAAAGGGUCCCACCAUCACUCUUACUGCUCUCUAGGGCGCUCAUGGUGCCGGAACAUGUACCUACCACAUAUAAAUUAAAAGCCACUAUUUCAGCCUUACCAGAAUAUGUUGUUAUGCAAACUAAAGCUGCCAUUGGAGAGAAAGAAGGAAAAGUUGAUUUCAAGACCAAAAUGGAAGUUAUUAAACUUGAGGAGUUGAAAAUUAAGGAAGAAAACAAGGAAUUACUUGAAGCUGAAAGAGAAAAACAAUUGCUUGAGAGUAAGAAACGUCAAAAGGAAGAACUUAAAGACAAGGCGCCUAUACUUCAAGACAUUGAUUCUGUUUUGGUUGACCCAGCACCAGUGAUUGCGGUCGAUCCACCGAAACCUAAAACUGAAGAUGGGCUCUCUACAAAAGAUAUUGAAGUUAUUGAAGAUGCUUUGGAGAAAUUAGCUGAACAAAGAAAGUCCUUACUUCUGGAGAAGGAAAGUAUUCAAGAACUGAAAACUGAGUUAUUAGACUACAGUGAAGAUGUCAAAGAAAUGGAUGAGUUUGUCAAGAGCAAACAGGCCGACAUAAAGCUUACUAAGGGAGCAAGAAGACUGUACCGUGCCGUAAACAACAUGAUAAGCAAACUGGAUGCUGCCCUAGUAGAACUAGAAAACAAAGAAAAAGCACUCAAAAACACGCUCGAACAGACGAAAUCCGAACCACAGAAGGCCAAGGAGCAAUUGAUUCAGAUCGACGAGCUCAUGCAUUCCAUUAAGAGCCUUCAGAAGGUCCCUGAUGAAGCUAAACUGAAGUUGAUACAAGAUGUUCUAGGAAGAUUAGACGACGACUUCGAUGGACAGUUGAAGAUUGAUGAUGUUUUGAAGAUGCUAGAAAUAAUUGGAAACGAGAACGUGAAUCUGUCGGAAAAGCAGAUGGCUGAGUUGAUUGAACUUCUUGAUAAGGAGGAAAUUCUGGAAGUGGAGAGCAAGAUCCAGCGGGCGCUUGACAAGGCGGCUAGCGCGGCUAAAGAACAGGACAAAAGCAGCGAGUCAGAGGGAAAGAGCCUCUUCGAUUUGAUAAGAGAAGCGCAGCGGCGACGCGUAAUGCGGAAAGAGGCCGAAAAAUUAGAAGGACAGCCACCGCUACCAAAGAGUGAUAAACCGGAAGAUGGAAAACGGCCAGAAAGCCACUAA